AUGCAUCUCCUAUUCUCCCUCCUGCUCGGCUUCCUCGCCUUGGCCGCCGUCUCCGCCACUCGGUUGAUCGAAUCCAAGGCCCUGACCAUCUGCCAGGACAGCCAGAACUUCACCGCAACCUACUUCAAUGUCGUCUUCACCCCCGAUAACCGAACCCUCGCCUUCAGUUUCGAUGGCGUCGCCACCAUCUCCGGUCUGGUCACCGCCGACCUCAUCCUCAGCGUGUACGGCUAUUCGACCCCGAAGAAGACCAUCGACCCCUGCAAGAUCGACAAGAUGAAGGGCUUUUGUCCCAUGAGCGCCGGCCCCAUUGAUCUCCCCACCUCCGCCAUCGCCAUCGGCGAGGAUGUCGUCAAGCAGAUCCCAGGCAUCGCCUACACCGUUCCCGACCUCGACGCCACCGUGCGCAUCUACAUCAACUCCACCGAGACCAAACAGAGCAUCACCUGCGUCGAGGCGCGCCUCUCCAACGAUCGCACCGUCUACCAGGCCGGCGUGGGCUGGUCCACCGCCGUCAUCUCGGGGCUCGGAUUCGCCGCCUCCGCCCUGACCUCCACGCGGGGCCAUUCGAAUGCCGCCGCCCAUCUGGCGGGGAACACCCUGGCGCUCUUCAGCCUGGUGCAGUCGCAGGCCAUGUUCGGCAUGCUGGCCGUGCACAUGCCGCCCAUCGUGCAGGCCUGGACGCAGAACUUCCAGUGGAGCAUGGGCGUCAUCCACGUGAACGUCGUGCAGGACAUCGCCACCUGGUACCAGCGCGCCACGGGCGGCUCGCCGGCGAUGCUGCUCUUGGAACUCUCGACCACGUCGGUGAACGUGCUGCGGAAACGGUCGGCCGACCCGGACCCGCCGCGCAAUGUCAUCGUCCGCGGGAUCAGCCGCGUGGGCUUGAAGGCCGCCAUCGAGCAGACCAACCUGUUCCUGACCAGCAUCAUCAUCUUCACCUUCUUCGCCCUGGUCGUGCUGGUCGUCGUCGGGGCGACGAAGCUGGUCUGCACCGUGUUGGCGAAGCAAGGGCGCAUCGCCUCCAGUCCCGGCUGGGCGCUGUUCGUCGCCGAAUGGGACGUCGUCGCGCGCGGGAUCCUGUACCGGCUCAUGUUCGUCGGCUUCGCGCCGCUGUCCAUCUUCUGCCUGUGGGAGUGGACGCAGCACGACUCGCCCGCCGAGAUCGUCGUCGCCGCCGUCGUGUUCGCCACCGUCCUCGGCGCGCUGGGCUGGGCCGCCGUGCGCAUCCUCCUGCGGAUGCAGCGAUCCACCUCGAUGCACCGCAAUCCGGCGUACGUGCUGUACGCCGACGCCGCCUGCCUGAACCGCUGGGGGUUCCUGUACGUGCAGUACCGCGCCACGGCGGCCGAGUUUGUCCUGGUCGCGAUCGGCUACCUGCUGGUCAAGGCGCUGUUCAUCAGCCUGGCGCAGUCGGCCCCGAUCGUGCAGACGGUCGCGCUGCUCGUGCUGGAAGGCCUGAUGCUCAUCGGCGUGAGUGUCAUGCGGCCGUGGAUGGACAAGCGCACCAACGCCUUCAACAUCGCCAUUGCCGCCCUCAACUUCCUCAACGCCAUCUUCCUCCUCUUCUUCUCCGGCGUGUUUGACCAGCCGGGCAUCGUGUCGGGCGUGAUGGGCGUGUGUUAUUUCGUGCUCAACGCCGCGCUGACGCUCGUGCUGAUGCUGCUCGUCAUCGUCGCGUCCGUCUGGGCGGUCGUCUCGAAGAGCCCGGACACGCACUACAAGCCCAUGCAGGAUGAUCGGGGGUCGUUCAUCCACUCGCAGGUGCGGCUGGGGACCGAGCUGGACGAGCUGGGAGCUGCGGCCAGGGGGGAGAUGAGUAUGAUCAGCCACCCGGUCAAGUCGUGA